AUGGGAACCAAGAGACUCGCUACUGUAGAUGCGCCGUCUCCGCCGCCGGCGAAGCAGCCGCACUCGGAAUUAAGCGUGCCCGGAACCGCUGCAAGCUCAACAUCCACUGCGACUCCGACUAGCCCCGCCUCGUGCAGCGCUCCCGCUCUGAGCCGAUGGAGCACCCUUCGUGAGCAGAGUGUUAGCCUGGCGGGCGGUGAUCUCACUAACCUACUUUUCGUUGACGAUGUGUCACUGGUAGCGACAGGGCACGAUAGAGCUGAAUGCCUUCUGGGGCUACUCGAAGCCUACUGCAAAGCGACGGGUAUGGCCGCGAAUGCCGCCAAGUGCGAGGUCCUCAUUUUUGGGGGUGCUACACGAAUUACCGGAGCCAAGGCGUGUCACUAUAUGAACUGGAUGGGAGCUGCCCCGUCAAGGGGCUUUGUGACUGUGGAGCGGUUGAAGAUGAGUUGCAUGUUUUCGAAGAAUGUCCCGCUUACAAGAGCAUACGGGCUAAGUAUGAUGGUGACCUAGUCCUUAGGGGGCGCAGCAUGCGCACCACUAUGACUGAGGCGCCACCCCUGGCAUUGGCCAGGUACCUCUCGGAAAUCUGGGAGGCCAGGCACAUCGCACUGAGGCGCUUCACCCUGAAGUGGACGAGGGAGAAUGAAGAUGACCUCCCGCGUACCCGCAUCAAUACCAAUACAACAUCCAUGGCCCCCCCGGCUUUUACGGACACACCCACACUUUGUGUGCGGAACUUGUAACUUGUAACUU